CUGACAGCCCGGCCGUUAGCUGCUGCUGCUCACCGGCAAUGAGACAGCAAACACGGACUCCAUAAGACGCUCCGAGAUGGACUUAGCGGACACUUUUCACCACUACAAAGACGGAUAUUAUCUGGACACCGUUGUCUGUUGACAUCACACGGAGUUUAUUACUCGCCCGGGUUAUUUCUGUCUCGGGGAAAAAGGAGACUCGACGUCCGGGGAAAGGAAUUGAUGCGACGGCUGAUUUCCUGCGACAUUCACCGGCCAGCUAAGAAGCUUUCACAUUCACUUUGAAGACCACCUGAGUACACUAAUCUGGGUUAUUUAUUAAUUUUCGAUUGCUUGACUUUGACACUAAUAUCUGCGAAAUACUCAUAAGUAGUAAAGAGAGGGUACACCAAGUUCUCGGAGAGCGUAGCUAAUCGCAGCUUUAAGCUAACCAACGGCUAGCUGAAUUUCGCAUUCUUUGUUUAUUUUGUUUGCGUGGUUUAACUUAGUGUUUUUAAUCUUUCUGGAGUUGGAUAAAUACAUGUGAAAAGAAAAGGGACGUCGCUGUUACGAUAAGUUUGAUCGUAACUACAGCCUUUGGCGUUUAGCUGGAUUUUUAAAGGACAUAAAUCAUCUGACUUCUCACUUAUGGCUCGUUAGUAUCGCGGUACUGCAGCUGACCCAGCUAGCUAGCAUCUGUUUUAGCUAGUCGGUAGCCACUGCUUGGCCUUCAGUAACCAGCUGACGGCAAAGAUGCACCACCAGGACUUUUCUGGAGACCCUCCUGGGACCGGGAGUAGGAAAGGUUUUCACUACCGGAGAGGCAGCAGCGGUGCGUCCUCUGCAGCCGGCGGCGGUGGAGCAGUCAACACGGCCGACGACAAUCCAACACAGGCUGGAUCCAACUCUCCCGGACUGCACCACCAGCCUCAGUCUCAAACUGCCGGCGCCCAGGUAAAGAAGAAGAGUGGCUUCCAGAUCACAAGUGUCACCUCAGCUCAGAUCAACGUGAGCGGCAACAACAGCUUAGCAGAUGAUACAGAAAGCUACGAUGAUAUGGAUGAGUCCCACACUGAAGACCUCUCCUCCUCUGAUAUGCUGGAUGUUUCCGUGUCCAGGGCCACAGAUACAGGUGUCCCGGAUAGAAGCUCUUCUGAUGAGACACUCAACAGUCUCCAUGGGGUUGACACACCUGGAAUUGUGUCCCCAAACGAGCCCCUUCACCCUCAUUCCAUCCCUCAGGGGUCUCAGCAGCACGCCUCAAUGGUAAACGGGACCAUGCAUCAUCAUUAUUAUCCUCAGCAUCAUCACUCUGAUAGCAUAGGAGGAGGUGAACCCUCCUUGCCACCUCUAUCCAUCGCUCCUUUGGCUUGCUCCAGCCCAGCUCCCAAAGCCACGUCGAGCCAGUCACAGAGGCAACCCAUGUUGGAUAACAGUAAACCAGCAGGUGUAUUGACCCAGCCACUAGCCCCUAUCGUUGGUGCCGCUGAUCCACAUCUACAAGGCAGUGUGAACAUUUCAAAUAUGUCUGCUGCUGCAGCUCCUCCUCCUGGGCCUGCAGGUUUUGACAGCACUACUGUGAGUGUGCAAAUAGCUCCUGUCGGAGGAGGCCCGUCUCUUGCUGCUCCCAACACUCAAACCCAGCACACCCAGACAGCUACUGGCUCUCGCUUUAGAGUUGUCAAACUAGAUACAAACUCUGAGCCGUUCCGCAAAGGAAGAUGGACAUGUACAGAGUAUUAUGAGAAGGAGGUUCCUCAUCCAACUACAACUGAGGCACCAAAAGGUGCAGAUGUGGCUGCAGAGACGGAGGCAGGUAACACUGGGAUUAAUCAGAGCGUACCUGUUGUACAGCCUCCUCACACGCUUCAGCCCUAUCAGCCACCAAGCCAGGACUUCACCAGUCCACAAGCCAUGCAGAGCCCACCACAGGGACUCCCCCAAACCACUCCUCUGACCUAUGUCGCACCCCAGGAGGUUGUUGCUGGGGCUCACUUGCAGAAACCAGUGGCUCCUGUCACUCUCCCAACAGCAACACCACAAGUAAGUCAGCCUCUGCCUUUAAUACCCCAGCAGCUGCCCUACACUGUGGAUCCCCUGCAGGCUCAACCCCAGGGAGUUUACCCUGCUCCCCAGUACCACGCAGGGGUCAUAGCACCAGGGAGUGUUCGACAGCCAGAUUUUAUCCAGCCCACCGCUCCCUUCCAGACCCAGGUCCAGCCUCCGCUACCGCAUGUUACAACGGGAAUCUCCAUAGCACCAGUUCCAGGAGUCACAGCUCAGCCUCAGCUGCCACAUCAAGGUCAGGUCGCCCCACCUGUCCAGGCAGCUUUUACAGGACAGCCACAGACCCUCCCAGCUCAAGCUCUCCCUCAGACACAAGUCCCGCCCCCCUCCACUGCCACAGUCCCAGUAGCACCCACACAUGGGACCCCUUACAUGCCUUUGACUGCACUACAAGCUGAUCUCCAGCCUCUCCUAAAUCUGGGUGCGACCCUUACACAGGUCCCAAGAGGAGGAAGCUCCAUAAGGACAUCCCAGCUGGAGGACGCCCAGAGGCUUCUGCUCCAGCACCAAAGUCUGCUGGGGCUGCCCAGGCUCGGGGUGGCCGCAGGUGGAGAGGGGGCUGCGGAGGCCGGCGGUGCUGCUGGAACGCUGGCCCACAUGGGGAUGUCAGCUGAGGCGAGUGCUUUCAUGGCCGCGGCUGCUGCGGGCCUCAGGACUCAGCACGCUGAAGGAGAGGAGGACAGCUCUUCCGGCGCAAGUGUGGUGGCCAUUGACAACAAGAUUGAACAGGCAAUGGACCUGGUGAAGAGCCACCUGAUGUACGCAGUGCGCGAGGAGGUGGAGGUGCUGAAGGAGCAGAUCAAGGAGCUGAUUGAGCGCAACAGUCAGCUGGAGCAGGAGAACAACCUGCUCAAGAACCUGGCCAGCCCCGAGCAGAUGGCUCAGUUCCAGGCGCAAGUCCAGACCGGCGGCUCCCCGACCGGCGCCGCACAGCCUCCGGUCCCGGCCUCCGGAACCGCGCAAGCCCUCCCCUCCACACAGAGCACCGGCACGUCCGCGUAACACAGAGGAUGAGGAGACCCACGAGGAGGAGGAGGAGGAGGAGGAGGAAGGAGUCAUGCCAUACUGUGAACUGAUGACUAUGCCACCGUCGCGAGGAGCGCACACUUCCACCGGAGGAUGAACUUUUUCUUUUGUUGCACAUUUAAUUUAACGGAAAGACUUCAGAGUUGCACCGGUGUGUGUGUGUGUGUGUGUGUCCGCUUUUUUCACGUGCUUCAGACAAUCACGGUGAUCAUGUGGGAACUGAGCCGUCGCUUGGGAGGAAGGAGCUAAACGUGACGCCGCAUGUCGAAUCCCCGUGACCUGUGUGCCAUCGUCUCUUCGCCCCACCCCAACCUGUCCAUCAGCCUAACCAUUUUUACUGUCUUAUUUUUAUUUUUUAGUGCUGCACUUUUUUUCUUUCAGACGACAAACGGUGGACGGACUUUUCGUACGACCCAUCUGGAAUGGGAUUUUUGUCGCCUUGAUGCUCUGGCGGGGUCAUAAGAAUCAUGAAAUAUAUAUUCCUCAUCGUCCACUUUGAGAAUUCUUUUUCACGUCGCCGUCCCCACCUUCACUCUCCCCCCGUCCGUGGAUGGAGCGUUAAACAUUUAUGCAGGGAAUCAAGGUUUUUUUCGGGAAAUGUUUGUGUUUGUUUAUGUAAUUAUAGUGAAAAAGUGUUGAUGGAAAGGCAAAUAAGUAGGACAUGACUGUUUCUAGGUAGUGAACUUUGUAAAAAAAAACAAAAAAACAAUUAAAUUCUGCCAAGUGCCUGGUUUCUAACCAUAGAUACAUAUAUAAGCUUUUUUAGUUUUAUCGUGUAAAUAUAUGUAUAUAUAUAUAUAUAUAUCUAUGGUUUACCAGGUUUUAACUACCUGUGAUGUCAUAACUCAGGGUGGGAACACGAGGAUUUAUUUACCUCCACACUAAGAUGCUGUCUCUCCCCGCGGUGACACACGGCCUCUCGUACUGUACGUGAACUCUCCUUAGCCGUCAACUCACUCAAAUUAUCUGGACUGUUUUAACGUAUUUUGGGGACGUGUGAUUUUUUUUUUUUUUUUUUUCAUUUUUUUUUUUUGUUUUGUUUUGUUUUGUCUUUUUGUACAAGCCAAGUGUUUUGAGUUGCUCGUCGUGGUGCAACUGGAACCCAAAUGAUGAGACUCUUGGCGAUAAAUUUAAAAAGAAAAAAAAAAGGAAAAUGCCCUCGCAGAAGUACGUGGAUGUUUUGUGCAUGUUCCUCAGCCCAUCACUAAUGUGACGUUACAAUUGCACUAGACAGUUGCACCUCAAAUAAAAAGUGGAAACAAAAAAGUAAAAAAGAAA